AUGGCGUUCCGAGAACCCCCGCCCAAGGCGCACUGCUUCACCUUCAACGCGCCAACGGGCAGCAGCGCCGAUGAAAUCAUCGACGCCAUCGAAGAAACCGUAGGGCCAGGAGGCCUUGAGACCCUCCAACACCAGGGAGGAGUAAAGUUCAUCGCAGCUGUCGCGUCCGCAGCAGCCGCCGUAAAACUAUCGUCCCGGGGCUCCUUCGUUCUGAACGGCGCCUCGGUCCCAGUCGCUCAAGUCGGACCACGAGUCCUCUACAUUUCCGCCUUCGGAGUUCCCCCGUACGUGGGAGACGCCACACUCGCAGCCGCCCUGUCUACGUAUGGAAAAGUUCUCGCAAUACAAGAAUCGCAGUUCAAAGGAAGACCGACAGUCGGUACCGGCGUAAGGGUCAUUCGAAUGGAAAUGGCGAAGCCCGUACCAAACUUCCUGUCCGUUCAAGGCCACCGCAUCAUGUUUGACUACCGAGGAAUUCGCAAGGUGUGCUCAAGGUGUGGAGCAGAGGGCCACCUUGGGAAGACAUGUGAAACGCCACGUUGCGAACGCUGCGAAGUCUACGGUCACGAGACUGCCAAGUGCACGUCCCCGUGUCGCCGCUGUUCCGGGAACCACGUCACAGCGGAUUGUUUCCUGCCCAGGUCCUACGCUGCUGCAGCCGCAAGCGCCAACAUCCCCGCCAGUAUCGAAGACAACGACGGCCAGCCAGAUCAAGACGAAGUACAAACGCCGCUAGAAGGGCCACGCCACAGUGAACUCUCCGAAACCGCGUCUCGCUCUGAAUCUUCAGACAGCUCGGAAGACGAAGAUUUCCCACCGCUACCCUCUACUGAAAGGAGCACCACCGAAGUCAGCGCAUCAGAGACAGACUCCAGCAAGACGACCUCUCCUUCGGAGCACGAAACAGACGCAGCAGAUUCCGCAACGUGCGAAAGCGUUGCCGUCAACGAGCCCACCGACGAGCCGCGUCCUUCGGUUGACCGAAGACUCCACCCCCAGCCCGAACAGACGCCGUCACCUGGCACCGGACGUGAAACCGGACUCGCUCAAGCCAGGGGAUACCAAGUGCCUCGAACAACGGACGCAUCGUUGAUGAACCCAGCCAAGGAGAAGUAA